UACAAUUCCAGGGUCUUCUACGCCAGAAUGGCGGGAAUGUGAGCUGAACCCUAAAGUACCUUUUUCACUCGAAAUCCCCCCCCCUCCCCCCACCACCCACAAUGGCUAUAUGGUCUCCUUCGUGUCUCGCCAUUCUCUUUAUUUCACUCAUUUGAUUAUCCACCGCUCCAAUCUGCUUUUCCGAGAACAACGAAAGUAUCUCUGCCACCGUUACAUUUGGAGGACAACGGCGAAGAAGAUUUCACCGGAGACAAUGCCGAUUGUAGCUGAGUACGCGAAGUCGAACCGAUCGUCGUGCAAGUCAUGCUCGAAGACGAUCGCGUCGAAAACCCUGAGGUUAGGGUUGGUUAGCAAAGGACCUGGCGGGUUCGACAUGACCAGAUGGCACCAUCUCGACUGUCUUCCUCCCGAUUCGGAGCCGAUUGCUUCCGUCGAUGACAUCAAAGGGUUAUCCGCUUUAGAGAAAGAUGAUCAGGAUGCUUUGGCGAAAUUGGUGGAACAUCGCGCCGAGACUGCUAAAGAAGUUGAUAAGAAGGAGGCAGAGAUUAAACAUUCUGCAUCAGAUGAUACAAGUGGUAAGGAGAUCAAAGAGACGAAAGGUUCUUCUGCUUCUUCACAAGUCAUCGCUGAGUAUGCGAAAUCAAGCAGAUCGUCAUGCAAGAAGUGCUCUCAGACGAUCGCUUCAAAGGAGCUGAGAUUGGGACUGGUGACCAGAGACCGGGGAUAUGAUAUGACAAAGUGGCAUCACUUGGGUUGUUUCUCUGUUGAAUCAGAUCCGAUUGAUUCUGUAGAGGACAUUGGUGGAUUUUCAUCACUGCAGAACGAUGACCAGGAUGCAUUAAAGGAAAUGGUUCUACAAUGCGGGAAGAAGACUUUGGUAGAUGCUAUGGAAGAAGAUAACGAUGAAUCUGGAGCUGAUAAAGGUUUAACGGAGGAGACAAACAAACGAAAACAUUCUCAGGUUGAUGAGAAGGAGGAAGAGAUUAAACAUCCUGCAUCAGAUGAUACAAGUGGGCCGAAGAUUAAGAUGACGAAAGGUUCUUCUGCUCCUUCAAAAGUUAUUGCGGAGUAUGCGAAAUCAAGCAGAUCGUCAUGCAAGCAGUGCUCUCAGACAAUCGCUUCAAAGGAACUGCGAUUGGGGCUGGUGACCACAGACCGGGGAUAUGAUCUGACAAAGUGGCAUCACUUGGGUUGCUUUCCCGUUGAAUCAGAUCCAAUUGAUUCUGUAGAGGACAUUGGUGGAUUUGCAUCACUGCAGAAUGGUGAUCAGGAUGUUUUAAAGGAAUUGGUCCAACGAUGCGAGAAGAAGACUUUGAAGAUGGAUGGAGAUAAUGAUGAAUCUGGAACUGAUAACCGGCUACUGGAGGAGACAAACAAAAGAAAACAUUCUCAGAUGAACAUCAGUGAGGCAUCUUCUAAGGUCGUAGAUGAAGCAGAAAUAUCGCUUUCAGCUUCUGAUGUGAAGGAAAAGUACAGGGAUGCCAGUCUAUUACCAAAAUGGAAAGCCUUCGAGACAGUUAUAUUCCUUGAGCGGGAUGAUGGUCUUAAUGAUUCAGAGAAGAUUGCUGCCUUUGAUUUUGAUGGAUGCCUUGCAAAAACGUCUGUGAAAAUUACAGGUGCAGAUGCAUGGUCCCUUAUGUAUCCUUCUAUUCCUGAGAAACUACAAAGUCUGUAUAGACAAGGCUUUAAACUGGUCAUUUUCACAAAUGAGUCCAACAUUGACCGGUGGAAGAACAAAAGACAAGUUGCUGUGGACUCGAAAAUUGGACGCCUCAACAGUUUUAUCAAGCGCGUGGAGGUCCCCAUCCAGGUGUUUAUAGCCUGCGGAGUCGCAAGCUCUGGUGGUAAAGAUGACCUUUACCGCAAACCCAGAGCUGGGAUGUGGCAACUCAUGAAGAAGCAUUUCAACUCUGGAAUUGCAAUUGAUAUGGAUAAAUCCUUCUACGUUGGGGAUGCAGCCGGAAGAAAAGGCGAUCACAGUGACGCAGACAUAAAAUUUGCACAGGCGAGUGGAUUGAAGUUUUAUACCCCAGAGGAGUACUUUACCUCUUGAAGUUCAUCAGUAGGAGGGACUACUUAUCAGUUUCAGGCUUGUGUUUUAUCAUGUUUGCAACAUGUUUUGUUGACAGUCGACACGAAUGUUUCUUGUGAUCAAACUAUCAGUAUGUAUUCAGUUUUCAACACUUUUUUUUGUAUAUGAGUCUGCCAUUUAAGCAUCAACUUAUCUGCGUUCACAGAG